AUGUCGACUCCCCGUGCCGUGGCAAUCCCGCUGCUGCUGCUUCUGGUACUCACGCUCCUGGCGCCGGCGGAUGAGCGUUCCGCCAGCGGAGGCGGCGGAGUGCGCGGGGCGGUGGCGCAGACGGACUGCCCGCUGGUGGGGCAGGGCAUCGACCCGUACUCGGCGGGGCUGGUCGACAACAAGCCGCCCGUCUACGUCUCCGUGCUCCUCAAGAAGCUCAUCGCCGUUGACGAGGUCCAGUACAGCUACAGCGCCUACUUCUCCAUCGUCACCACCUGGCGCGACCCACGAGUGAACGACACGGUGGCAAUCAACAAGGUGCUGUCGGCGAUGGGGCCGGCGCUGACGUGGAAGGCUGUGGAGGACUGCAAGCCCAACGUGACGUUCUCGGGGUUCAACAUCAGCCAGAAGGACGAGUGCCUCAAAAACACCAACCAGAACAACCUCCCGCAGAUGGACGGGUGCAAGAAGCCGUGCACUCCUGCGGGCAUCACGUGCUGCGACGCCCUCUGGAUCCCCUCGCUCACCAUCCCCAACGUCGUCCUCUACCCGCAGGACCGCUACCAAACUGAGAGCAUAUUCUUCUUUGGCGAUUACAGUAACGAUGCCAGUGCCGUCGACAGAGAGUCCAUUGUUGAGGGAACCUUCUCCUCGCCCUUCACCUUCCGAAGAUUCCCCUUUGACUCCCAGAUCCUGCGGUUGGUGGUGGCAGUGGAGGGCAGCGGCGAGUUCUACCUGGUGGGGAGCAACUCGGGGCGGCAGUCGGAGCAGGGGGGCGGGCAGCUGGGGGGAGGGGGAGGCACGUACGUGAAUGAUGAAGUCACGGGCUGGAAGAUCACCAGUGUGGCGCUCAACUGCACUCCCGCUGAGACAACUGUCAGCAGCUCCGCCACCUACCAUCCUGAGGACCCGUGGAACGCCAUACCGGACAACACGGGCAGCAGCAGUGGGGCAGUGAGCAACCAGAGCUCCACGUGCAUCUUCACCAUCCACAUCCAACGCACCAGCAGCGUCUACGUCAUUGCUGUGCUGCUGCCGGUCAUCCUGAGCGUCUAUCUCACAUUCACGGCCUUCAUAGCAAAGCCAGAGGAUCUCGAGAUUCGAUUGGGGGCGUGCCUCACGCUCUUCCUUGCACUCGUCGCCAUUCAGUUCGUCAUUGACAGCCAGUUGCCGCGCACGUCAGCGAUAACCAACUUUGGGUAUCUGAUGAUAGUGUCGUACAUUGUCAUCUGGCUGUGCACCAUGGAGACCCUCGUCGCCUUCUGCAUCGCCGAGCGCAUCGAGAAGAACGUGCAGGAGCUCGUGCAGGACACCCUGCCGCCCGCCCUCUCCUUCAAGCGCCCUGCUGGGGACAGGGCAGCAGGCGAGAAGCUGAUGGGCGGUGGGGAGGACGGGGAAGGUGUUGACAGCAACGACCCUGAAGCCAUUGCUGAAGCUGCAGCGGAGCGGAGGGCUGCUGCGGCUGAGGAGAAGCAGAAGAAGAACGUCCCGGGCCUGCUGAGAUUCCGGUUGUUUGGCUACCAUGUGAGGCAAUCCAACCCUGAAAGAGCCAAGGAAGGGAACUACCGGCUUGCAGUCAAAAUAGACAUCAUUGUUGGUUUUUUUCUCUUCACUGGCUACACCAUUACCUGGAUAGUUCUCUGCACCACUUGA